AUGGCGAAUGGACAGUCGUACCAGAUUGGGAAUCUUGUUCAAAAGAUGACCUCUAGUGAUAAGGAUUUUCGCUUUAUGGCAACAAACGAUCUUCUUUCUGAGCUGCAAAAAGAUUCCAUCAAGUUGGAUGAAGAUGCAGAAAAGAAAGUCGUCAAGACUCUGUUAAACUUGCUGAAGGAUACUAACGCCGAAGUUCAGAACUUGGCUGUCAAAUGCCUUGGCCCCCUUAUUACAAAGGUGAAAGAAGCCCAAGCAGACAUUAUCGUUGAUACUCUUUGCGCUAACAUGCUGGGAAAAGAAGAAAUUCUGAAAGAGACUUCAAGCAUUGGACUGAAAACUGUAAUCCUGGAGAUUCCCAUCCAUGCGAAUAACUUGAUCUCCGCCGUUUGCAAGAAGAUUACCGGUAGAAUGAUCAAUGCCGUUUCUCAGGGCGAUGUUUCCCUGCAGCUGGAAUGCCUGGAGAUAUUCUCCGAUUUGUUGUUUCGCUUUGGCCAUGUGAUGAGUCUCUACUACCCGCAGGUCAAAGAUGCCCUGCUCCCUCAACUGGAGAACUCUCGUACGGCUAUCAACAAGCGUGCCAUCACCUGUAUCGGUUUCAUGACCAUCACCUGCAAUGACGCCCUUUACACUGAAAUAAUCAACCACAUUCUGAACCGUUUGAAGAAUAGCGAUGUCAGCAAUGCUAAGAUCUACAUCAACUGCUCUGCAGCCAUCUGCAAGCACUCUGGUCCUCGAAUGGACCCUUACCUCAAGGCGUUCAUUGAUCUGAUUAUCAAGUGUAUCCCAAGCAAUGACGAGGACCUGAAAGAAGCUUGCUUUUUAGCUCUUGAAGUGUAUGUCCGAAGGUGUCCAAAGGAAGCAUCUGUUUACAUUGAACAAAUCAUUAGUUUGAGCUUGCAGUACAUCUCCUAUGAUCCGAAUUACAACUAUGAUGAUGAGAAUGAUGACGAAGAUAUGGAGAUGGACAACGAUGCCGAUGAUGACAAUAACAGCGAUGAAGAUUACAGUGACGACGACGAUGUUAGCUGGAAAGUUCGCCGAAGUGCUGCCAAAGUCCUGGAAACUAUCAUUAUGACUCGUCUUGACAUGUUGGAAGAUUUUUUCCGCAUGAUUUCUCCAGUCAUUGUUUCCCAGUUCAAAGAACGAGAAGAGAAUGUCAAAGUGGAUAUCUUUGCAAUAUACAUUGCCCUGCUCCGUCAAACUAGGGCUAUCAUCAGCAACUCGGAGAAUGGCGCCAAGUUUUUGCAGAUUUUACGUAAUCAAGUUCCCGAUGUGGUUCGCUCUCUUGACCGUCAGUUGAAGGAGAAAAGCGUCAAAACUCGUCAGAGCUGUUUUCAGCUUCUCAGCGAACUGGUCAGCAUUUUACCUAAUGCACUGGCUGAUCCUGACCAGGCCGAUUCAAAGAAGAACUUUCUGAAUAACAUUAUUCCCGGAAUCAUGUACUCGUUGAACAACAACAACUCUACGUCUAGCAUGAAGAUUGAGGCGCUGGCAUUUCUGAACACUUUGCUGAAGACGCACAAGCCUCAGGUGUUUUCCAACUACUUCAACGCGUUGAUCACCGAAAUUAAGAAGGCCGUCACUGAUCCGUUCUACAAAAUCACCUCGGAGGCUUUGCUGGUGCUCACGCAGCUGGUGCCCAUUAUUCGACCUUCGCUUGAGAUUAAGUGCGACUCAAACAUCAUGUCCUACGUUGAGAGCAUGUACAUGAUGACCCUCAUCAAGCUGAAAACUUCCGACAUUGAUCAGGAGGUGAAGGAGCGUGCCAUCACCUGUAUGGCACAGAUCAUCAGCACCUUUGGCGAUGUGAUGCCCAACCUUCAGGAGGUUUUUGCUCUCCUUCUCGAGCGUCUCAAAAAUGAAGUCACUCGACUUACCUGCGUUAAAGGACUCAUUAAGAUUGUCAGCGUCAAGUUUCCAACUCCACUCAAUCUUUCACCUCUGUUGCCGGAAGCAUUUUCCGUAUUGGCUUCAUUCCUGCGACAGAACAAGCGUUCCCUCAAGUUCAAUACUCUGCUGUUGAUUGAUACGUUGUGUAAAAACUACAAUACUUACCAGAACAGUGAGAUUAAUGAGAUUAUCCUCAAUGAGAUGGUUCCUCUGAUUUCCGAGAACGAUCUCUACAUUUCUCAGCUCGCACUCACCACGCUGACUUCGAUGAUUCUGUCGCACAAGGCUUUCCUGGCCAUCAUCCCUCAGUCGAUUCUUCCCGAGGCUUUGCUGCUGAUUCGCUCGCCCCUUCUGCAGGGCACCACCCUCACGGCGAUGAUCAACUUCUUCUGCUCUAUAGUGCAGAGCUCCUUUCCCGGUCUGGACUGCAAUGAGCUGAUCGACAGACUAACGCAAAACAUUCUGAUGCCCACCGGUGGUGGUCACAGUCCUCCGGCCCUCUCUAAGCCGGCCUUCAUCUCCAUCUCCAAGUGCAUUGCCGCCAUCUCACUGCUCAACGAGAAGUCUGCCCUUGCGACUGCCACCAAUCUGAUUCAGCAGAUACGAAACCCGCAACUAACCACUGGUUCCUCUGACUCGGUGCAGCUGUACUCUCUGCUGACUGUCGCUGAGAUUGGCAAGAAGUUGAAUCUGGAGUCGGUGCAUGAGCCGCUGCAGGAGGCCAUUCUCGAGUCCUUCUACUCGGUCAAUGAGGACAUCAAGUCGGCGGCGUCAGUCUGCCUGGGCAGCGUCAGCGUCGGCAACUUGGAGCGUUUUUUACCAUUCGUCAUGAUGAACAUUGCCCAGAAGCAGAAGCGCCAGUACCUGCUGUUGAACGCACUGAAGGAGAUCAUUAGCUGCUCGUCCACUGACAAGAACCUCAUUCAGCACCUGCAGCCUCACCUGCAGUCCAUUUGGGACCUUCUCAUUCAGCAUUCAGCGUCGGAGGAGGAGGGCACCCGGUACGUGGUGGCGGAGUGUCUAGGCAAGUUGGCCCUGCUCAAUCAGAGCGUUCUUCUGCCUGAGUUGUUGAGAAGCCUCAACUCGCAGUCGUCCUUUGUUCGCGAAACGAUCAUCACGGCCAUUCGCUUCACCAUUUCGGACUACCCUCACGAGGCGGACGUCCUGCUGAAGGAGUGCAUGAAGGAGGUGCUGGGCACACUGCAGGACCCUGACAUUAACGUACGCCGCGUAGCUCUGGUCACCUUCAACUCUACGGCGCACAAUAAGCCUUCGCUCAUUCGCGACACCCUCCACGUGACACUACCUCUGCUCUACAAGGAAACCCAAGUCAAGCCCGAGCUGGUGCGCGAAGUAGAGAUGGGUCCCUUCAAGCACACCGUCGACGAUGGUCUGGACCUGCGAAAGGCCGCUUUUGAGUGCAUGUACACCCUGCUCGAGUCCUGUCUGGAUCGAAUUGAAAUGUUUGAGUUUCUCAACCAAGUGGAGGCCGGCCUGAAAGACACCUACGACAUCAAGAUGCUUACCUACCUGAUUCUGAUUCGCCUCUCAGAGGUCUGUCCCUCUGCUCUGCUGCAACGUCUCGACAGUAUCAUCGCCAUUCUCAAAGAAACGUGCACCUCCAAGCUGAAGGCAAAUGCCGUCAAGCAGGAGCACGAAAAGCAGGACGAGCUGCGUCGAUCGGCCAUUCGUGCUUUUGUGUGCAUCUUCAAAAUACCUGAAGCGGAGAAAAACGCUUACGUUGCCGACAUGAUGAACAUGAUCAAGAGCUCGACCGACUUGAAGCCGCUCUUUGAGUCGGUGCAGAACAGCAACAAGAUCAACAACGACGCUUUCUCGCCCAUGGAAGCUCGCGGUCCCAAGAAGCACCUUAAGCGUUUGAAUGCUCCGAAGGCAUGGAUGCUCGACAAGCUCGGCGGCGUCUUCGCUCCCCGACCCUCCUCGGGCCCUCACAAGCUGCGUGAGUCGCUGCCACUUGUGGUGAUGCUGCGAAACCGUCUCAAGUACGCCCUCACUCGCGAUGAGGUCACCAAGAUUGUGAUGCAGCGCACCAUCAAGGUGGACGGCAAGGUUCGCACUGACAUCAACUUUCCCGCUGGAUUUAUGGAUGUCGUCUCAAUCGAGCGAACUGGCGACCACUUCCGUCUGCUCUACGACGUCAAGGGCCGAUACAUUCUCCACAAGAUCACCGCUGAAGAGGCCAAGUACAAGCUGUGCCGUGUGAAGAAGGUCGGCACUGGUCCGAAGGGAAUCCCCUACAUCGUGACCCACGACGGCCGCACCAUCCGCUACCCUGAUCCUCAGAUCAAGAACCUCGACUCGGUGCGCUACGACAUCUCGUCAGGCAAGAUCGUCGACUUCAUCAAGUUCCAGACCGGAAACUUGUGCAUGGUGACCGGCGGCCACAACUUGGGUCGUGUUGGUGUGAUCACGUCUCGAGAGCGACACGUGGGUAGCUUCGACAUCAUUCACAUCAAGGACAGCCUGGGCCACACCUUCGCCACUCGAUCGGCCUACAUUUUCGUCAUCGGCAAGGGCAACAUGCCCUACGUCUCUCUGCCCCGUGGCCGAGGUCUCCGCCUGACGGUGGCCGAGGAGCGAGACAAGCGACUGGCAAAGAAGACCGCCUAA